GCGUGCGGACGGUGCGUGAUUAAACCGCGAUGAACUUAAAGAGAGCGUGAAGUGGAUCCGUGGAUUAACAGGGGCUCGAUUAGACUAAACAAACAAAUAAAGAACAGAGAACGACACAGAAAAAGAGAAUAUUAUGAACAUGCAUCGGAUCAUUCUUUUUCAGAUUGCUUUUGCACGUGUGUUCUGAUCUAUUUUUAUGGGGGAAAAACUUGCAUCCUGGACUGGAUAAUAUACAGCAGUGUUUGUGUCAUGCAACAGCUUCACGCGCACACCUGGAUUAAAUAAUCUCUGCUUUUCUCUGUGCAUGGGAAUGUGACAGCUCUGUAAAUAUGACAGCUCAGAAGUAUGGAGACUGUUUCACACUAAAGACGCAGGAAAAAACCAGGAAAACCUCACUCAUGUCAAACAGGACGUGGUUUUGUGAGCUGAACUGAUUGACAAGCCUGAAGAAAAUGCAGAUGUGCCUGAUGUUAAAGGUCUUGUCAGUCUUGUCUUUUGUGGUUGUGAAGGUGCAGGCUGAGCUUACCUGUGAUGCCAUGCUAUUUCUGGCUUCUGGAAACCACACAUUGUACCAUCUGGAUCCUGCUAAUCGCUCUGACACUAAUAACUCGGGUGUAUUUUGCAGAACAGUUAUUGAUGGUAUCGGCACCUGCUGGCCGCGCAGCAUGGCCGGAAAGGUGGUGUCUCGUCCGUGUCCAGAGUUCCUCUAUGGAGUCCGAUACAACACCACCAAUAAAAUCUUCCGGAAGUGUCUAGCCAAUGGGACCUGGGCCUCCAAAAGCAACUACUCUCAGUGCCAAGCGAUUCUCAACAUUCAGAGAAAAAGUCGGCUGCAUUACCGAAUCGCUGUCGUCAUUAACUACAUGGGACACUGCUUGUCACUGUUCACUCUCCUUAUCGCCUUUGUCAUCUUCUUACGACUCAGGAGUAUUCGUUGUCUGAGGAACAUUAUUCACUGGAACCUCAUCUCUGCCUUCAUCUUGAGAAACGCGACGUGGUUCAUCGUUCAGCUCACCAUGAACCCCGAUGUACACGAGAGCAACGUGCCAUGGUGCCGUUUAGUGACGACGGCAUACAACUACUUCCACAUGGCCAAUUUUUUCUGGAUGUUCGGCGAGGGCUGUUAUCUCCACACGGCCAUCGUGCUCACCUACUCCACAGACAAGCUCAAGAAAUGGAUGUUCAUUUGCAUCGGAUGGUGUAUUCCUUUCCCGAUUAUUAUCGCCUGGGCCGUAGGGAAGCUGCAUUACGACAACGAGAAGUGUUGGUUUGGGAAAAGAGCAGGCAUCUACACAGACUACAUCUACCAGGGUCCCAUGAUUCUGGUGCUUAUGAUAAAUUUCGUGUUCCUCUUCAACAUAGUAAGGAUCCUCAUGACCAAACUCAGAGCCUCCACCACAUCCGAAACCAUCCAGUACAGGAAGGCGGUGAAGGCCACGCUCGUGUUACUGCCUCUGCUCGGGAUCACGUACAUGCUGUUCUUUGUAAACCCAGGAGAGGACGAGAUCUCGCAAAUCGUCUUCAUUUACUUCAAUUCUGUUCUGCAGUCCUUUCAGGGCUUCUUUGUGUCAGUGUUCUACUGUUUUCUGAACAGCGAGGUCCGCUCUGCCGUUCGGAAACGUUGGCACCGCUGGCAGGACCACCAUUCCAUCCGCGCACGAGUCGCGAGAGCAAUGUCCAUUCCCACCUCACCUUCACGCCUCAGCUUCCACAGCAUCAAACAGUCCACUUCCGUCUGAUACGGGGACAAAAGUAUGAAAGAGGCAGGAACUCUAUUGGUGAGGAUAUUCACUCCUCAGACCACAUCACCGGAUAUGAAGAGGAACAGUAAAAGGCCCUGUAUGAAAAGACAUUACAAAUAAAGGGUACGAUUGGCAAGACUUCGUGGACCAAUGGACCGCAAAAUGGACCGUUCUGUGGUGUUGGAGUGUUUUCCAAAGACUCUGCAUGUGUGUAAUACUCAGUUAUUUAUAGUUGGACACUAGGUGGAGACAGCUUUUACAUGUUCCAAGCUUUUUCUAUGAAAUUCACAAUAAUAAACAGAUUCAACUGAUUCCACUCUGGUCACUUCAGGUAAUCAGACCGAACGCUACUUAUACUGACUGAUUAGCCAAAAAUAUCAGGUGAUCAUAUAGAUGAAUUAGCUUCCUGUGUCGGCUAGUCGUGCAAAAGAAUUAGCUACUUUGGCUAGUUAGCCUUUGUUUUCUAACUUUGGGGAUGUUCCCUAACUGUAACUAGAGAGCUUUCUGUGUCCUUUAAUAUCCAGCAGAAGAAUUUCGGAAUUCUUUCCUUCUUUAACAUGAUCUAGUUUUGGUGAUAAAUUCACAGCU